AUGGCUGAUAAUACUACGAGUGAUUCAAUUCAUGGUUAUCGUUCCGAUAAAGAACGAUCUAUAACUAAUGAUGAAUAUGCAUGUUUAUAUUCUCCGGAACUACAAGAUCGCCAACAAGUACCAACAUUCAAACAAAAUCAAUUCGACAAAAAUGCUCAAAAAUAUUGGGAUCAAUUUUAUAAACGAAAUACAAGUAAUUUUUUUAAAGACCGCCAUUGGACACUAAGAGAAUUUAAUAUAAAUAUAAAUGAAUCAAUGAAACUGUUUGAAGUUGGCUGUGGUGUAGGCAAUUUUUUAUUUCCAUUACUGAAUGAAAUACCGAAUUUGUCUAUAUAUGCAUGUGAUUUUUCUUCAACUGCUAUUGAAUUACUCCGUCAAAAUUCUAAUUAUGAUCCACAACGUAUACAAUCAUUUGUUUGUGAUUUAACAGAUGAUAAUGAAAUUGCUAUUGAAGAAAAUUCGAUUGAUCUAUGUUCAAUGAUUUUUGUUCUUUCAGCAAUACAUCCAGAUAAAAUGUCAAGUGUAUUGAAAAAAAUUCAUAAAGUUUUAAAACCCGAUGGUUAUCUUUUAUUUCGUGAUUAUGGUUUAUAUGAUCAUGCCAUGUUUCGUUUUGCUCGUCAACGACAACAUAAAUUAUCAGACAAUUUCUAUGUUAGACAAGAUGGUACAAGAGCGUAUUUUUUUUCAAUUGAAUAUUUAACCAAUCUAUUAAAUGCAUGUCAAUUUCAUAUUGAUGAACUCUCCUAUGUAUUUAAAGACACAGUAAAUGUUAAAGAAGAGAUUUGUGUACCACGUGUUUUUAUCCAAGGAAAGUUUAAAAAAAAGAAAACCUGA